AUGUUUUCUAUCAGGUUUUAUUUUCCCCACUGGUAUUGCAAUGGCACGAACAGAGCAUAUCGGUAUGGCAUUCUUCGAGGUACAGAGAGCCCUGUUCUUGAUGAUCUUGUCAUGUGUUACCUGUUUGCACAGUGGCGAGAUGAUUUUUUGAAUGGAUGGAUACAGAUGCCUGUUACUCAUGAAACACAAGAAGAAUGCCUUGGAAUGGCUGUUCUGGAUAUGAUGAGAGUGGCCAAAGAAAAGGACCAAACCCCACUGGCUAUUUACAAUUCAGUCAGCUACAAAAUGUUUUUGCCUAAAUGUGUGCGAGCAAAAAUCCAGGACUACCACAUUUUGACGCGAAAAAGGAUAAGGUACAGGUUCCGCAAAUUUAUACAACAGUUUGGCCAAUGCAAAGCUACUGCCAGAAACUUGAAACUUAAGUAUCUUAUAAAUCUGGAAACCCUUCAGUCUGCCUUCUAUUCAGAGGUUUUUGAAGUAAAAGAACCUGGUGGAGAUCCUUCUGGAGAGGAACGUUUUGCAACCAUUGUAAUAACUGGAAAUGGUGGAAUUCAGUGCUCAAGAGGGAAACUUAAAGACUGUGAGACACUGUCAGAGCAGGAUUUACAAACAUACUGUGAUUUUCCUGAUAUCAUUGAUGUCAGCAUUAAGCAAGCAAGUCAAGAAGGCUCCAGUGAGAGAAGAAUUGUCACCAUUCACAAACAAGACAGCAAGAAUCUGGAGGCUGAAUUUCAGUCAUUAAGAGAAGCUCUCUCCUUUGUGUCAUUAAUUGAUGGAUAUUACAGAUUAACUGCAGAUGCCCACCAUUAUCUCUGUAAAGAAGUGGCACCACCAUCAGUCCUUGAAAACAUCCAAAGCAACUGCCAUGGACCAAUUUUCAUGGACUUUGCUAUCAGUAAACUGAAGAAGGCGGGUAAUCAGACUGGUUUCUAUGUUCUUCGCUGCAGUCCUAAAGAUUUUAAAAAGUACUUUCUCACCUUUGCUAUAGAGCGUGAGAAUACCACAGAUUAUAAGCACUGCUUGAUUACGAAGAAUGAUAAUGGAGAAUAUAAUCUCAGUGGAACCAAGAGAAGUUUUGGUAAUCUUAAGGAUCUGUUGACCUGUUACCAGACAGAAACUGUCCGUUCAGACAGCAUCAUUUUCCAGUUCGUCAAAUGCUGUCCUCCAAAACCAAAAGGUAAGAGAAACGUUUUUUCUAAGCAGAAGGGCUUCCAACUUUUAGAUUAA